CGGGUUAGGGGUCACGUCAAAAUUCACAAUGUCACAUUUUCAUCCCAUCAAUAAUAUCCCAAGUCCCACAUUACAAAAUGAGCAACUGUACAAUAAAGGCAUUACGACUAGAGUCAUGGCCAGGAAACAAAAAAACAGUGAGAAUCAAAAGUCGCCCCGCGGGUCAAUCAACGAGCGCCGAAACUCGCGAUUUUUGUCCGGUGUGUCAAUCCCCAAUUCCACUAUACGGUCCAGUUUGGAAAACCCCGACAAGAUUGAAUUACCCGCCAAAAAAAUCCCAUCAUCGUCAAACUCUUCUGUCACUUCGGAUAAAACGGAUAAAACACCCGAGACGGAAUCAAACCAAAAUCAAAAUGCAGAUAGAGGAAUGGAACGAAUGAGGCAAAAAAUCCGCAAUUAUGCCCAAAACGUCCCAGAGCCCCCUGUUGUAAAUAAAGAGCGUCGCAGAUCCUCAACUAUCAAGGAUUUAGACUUGUCAAUCCCUCAAAAGCAAAUGCGUCGAUCGACUCUUGAAUCAAUCAAAAACGCCAUCGACGAGUCCCCAAACGUCACAAAGCUUGUAAACGCCGACAGUAUCGAGAAAAGCAACGUUGGGCAAAAUUUCAAAAUCCUGGAAGACCCAAUCCUUGUUCUAAAACCGAAAAAUCCCGAACAAAUCCAGAAACAGGAUCUCCAGACCCAGACUAGCUUCGUCCUUGAAAAACUCCUCGUCCAGAAGCAAUAAUUUCGGUUCAAAUAUUAAAACGUGAAAUUACAAGCCUCGACACCUCAAUUAUUCACACCCGUGUUGGUAUAAAAGCCGGAAAAGGGGGCCAAAAACCAGUCAAAAUGUCCGACGAGUACGUCAAAGACGUGUUUGUGGU